UUAUUUUGUGUCUUCUUGUUUUCUUUUCUCCGAAAAUUCCCAGGAAUAUUAUACGAUGAGCUUGAGGUUGUGGGUCUUCUCUAUACUGUAUUUUUUUUUUAUUGAGUGUAUCUUGUGAUUUUGAUAUUUUUCUUCAUGAUUUUGGGACAAUGUAUAUAAAUUUUUGGUAUUUUCUUCAUAAACUGAGCAUUUAGAAAUUCUCAUAUUGUCUUUCUGUUUCAGUUUCAAUUAUCAUAAUCAUCUCUCUUUGUUAUUUUUUCCCCUGUUUAUUUUUGUGGGGUCCCUGGGAAAACAAAUGGAGUGUUGUUUAACUUUUGGGAUUUUGAAUACUUUUAUUGUGAUUCUUCCUUUCUUUAUGGUAUGCAUAGCUUAUGCAUAAAGUUUUCUCCUUUGAGUGUGCAUCACCCCAAAGAAGAAAAAACCCUCCUUAUUUUGGUUAUGACUAGGAUGUUUCUCAUUCCAGGUGGGGUUUUAAGGUUUUCUUUUUAUUUACCUUACCCUUUUAUUAAUGUUUUGAGUUUUAGCUCAUAGGUCAUUCAUUUGGAUUAUAUAUUGAUAUCCCAGAAGUCCACACAUUCAGAAAUUUAUGGUUCUUCAUGAUUGUGUAUUUGGAGAAAAAGUACACUGGAAAAACUGCACCAAACAUUCUUAAAGAUGAGUUUGGUAAGGCUGACAUUAAGAAACAAUCAUCCCUAUAUCCUUCUAAUUCUGUUGAAGAUUUGAAGAGCUUAGAUAUGGAAAAGGGGAAUCAAGAGUCAACAUCUCCUAGAGGAGUUUUAGAUGCUUUUGACCCUAGAACUAACAAAUAUUCUGGUGAAAACAGCAAACUAAUGAAGUUUUCAUUAUCAAGGGGGCUUUUUUAUUGGAAUAAUCUUUUCAAGUUAUGGAAUAGAAGGUCUAUUAAACGUUUAGCUUCCUUUCCUGCUGUUAGUUUACCAAAAACACCAAAAAGAAAGAGCAGAAGUGCAAGAGAGAAUCCAUUGUUUUGUACCUUAUAUGACUUCAAGACUUCAUUGGUCAACUUCACCAUUUCUGAACUACAAGCUGCAACCAACAACUUUAAUGCUGAGAACAUAAUUGGAAAGGGUGGCUAUGCUGAAGUUUACAAGGGUAGCUUGAAAAGUGGACAACUAAUAGCAGUAAAGCGGCUGACUAAGGGAACAAUAGAUGAGAAAACAUCAGGUUUUCUAUCCGAACUUGGCAUCAUAGCUCAUGUAAACCAUCCCAACACUGCUAAGUUGGUUGGUAGUUGUGUUGAAGAAGGAAUGCACCUUAUUUUUCAAUUGUCUCCACUUGGGAGUUUGGGGUCCUACCUCCAUGGUUCAAAUGAUAACAUACUUGGUUGGAAAGAAAGGUAUAAAAUUGCUUUGGGAACAGCAGAUGGUCUCCUGUAUCUUCAUGAGAGUUGUCUUAAAAGAAUCAUACAUAGAGACAUCAAGGCUGAUAAUAUUCUGCUCACUGAGGAUUUUGAACCUCAGAUUUGUGAUUUUGGACUUGCAAAAUGGCUACCUAAACAAUGCUCUCACCACAGUGUGUCUAAAUUUGAGGGGACAUUCGGCUACUUUGCUCCUGAAUAUUUCAUGCAUGGAAUAGUAGAUGAGAAGACUGAUGUUUAUUCUUUUGGAGUUCUACUCUUGGAGCUCAUAACUGGGCGUCCAGCAUUGGAUCAUCAUCAAAAGAGCCUUGUUAUUUGGGCAAAGCCAUUUCUUGAUGAUGCAGAUGCUAAGGAGCUUGUUGAUCCUUCUCUUGGUGACAACUAUGUCCCAGAAGAGAUGGAUAGGAUGAUUUUGACUGCCUCAUUAUGCAUUGAGCGUUCUCCUAUUUUAAGGCCUCGAAUGCGCCAGGUCAUAGUACUGCUCAAAGGCAAUGAGUAUGUUUCUCAAUCUGGAGAAGAAUGUAAAAAAGGAACCCUCCAAAGAACAUACUCAGAAGAGCUCCUGGAUGCACAAGAAUAUAACUCAACAAAGUAUCUGAGUGAUAUGAACAAACACCAACAGGUUGCUUUCGGCUCUUGAACUCAAAAUAUUACUAAAAGAUGUGGCCUUAUUACUUGUAACAAACAGUUAAUAUUAUUCAUAUAGAUUAGGUUGGUCUUCUUAGGGAGUGUUUGGUAGAUAGUCCUGUGGAAAUUUGGUGACUGAAUAUUGUUUUUCAUGGAUGAACUUCUUUUGGAGUUCCAAGUAAAACGCUUGUUAUUUUAUUUUAUUUUCUUUUUUGAAAAAGAGAGAGAAGCCAUUGUCUUAGACUAGCCCCUAACUAAUAUGCAUAGAAAUCUCUCAUUUAUGGUGGAGGAAAACCUUCAUGUAAAACGCUUGUUAGAGCGAGUAUUGUUUCCAAUGGACACUCAAAACCCUUACCUACCUCUACCUAUAUUGAUAUUUAUGUGUAUAAGCUUCUGUUUCACUUUGUAUAGACUGAAAUGUUUGGAGUUU